AUGGCAAGAAAGGUGAUAAGCCGUCAGCCUCGGCUGUUAGGAUCAUUCUUUAGUUCCUUCCAUGCUUACCAUUUAUGCCGCGCUUUGCCAAAAAUGGCCUACCACCGUUGCGGCCCUCAUUACUCCGGGGCCGCUUGCGACUGGCCAAUCUGCGUCCAUGGAGUCGUAGAUCCAGCGAGCCGGCUAUGUCAAUGCUAUAAUCAUUUUGCACCUCCUUUCUGCGAAUUUUGCCUACCGGGUUACUGGGCGGAAGCGUGCGAUCGCGAAAUCCUUCCGGCCAUGCCCGAACCACUACUGCCUCCCUUUUUCGGCCACGUGGUCGUUUACUUAGUAGUCGUAACAAAUGCUUCUUACAGGUGUCGUUCAAAGCCACCACCCUACGAGGAGGUUAUUCAGGAAGCUCCACCUCCACCCUAUUAUCUCAUUUAA